AUGUCAGCUCCAAAUACACCUUCAAAGAAGCACCAAAAUGAAAAGGGUGCUAUUGCAUUCCCAGAUAGCUUCAAGAUUGUAAAGACUGUAGUAAGAAGUGACUUUGGUUCAGAUAUCACCUCUGGUGUAUACUCUUACUAUGGAAUGGAAUAUAUUGCUGAUAAGGCUGCUCAUACUAUCUUGGGUUGGAUGGGAUGGAGAGAUAUGGACCAAAACGAUAGAGAACGUCUCUCUUUACAUUGGGUAGAUCGUGUGUUGCAUCCACAAGGAGGCAUUCUUUUCACAAAGGGAGAUGAUAAGCAAAAGUUUUCUGGAUUUUUGAGUCUAUGGUUCAAACCAACCUUUUCCAAACCAGUUGUUGUCUCUGGAAAGGAUGGCUCUGUAACCAUCACCUAUUGGGAACACUCAACAAAUAAUAAUAACUAUAAUAAGCACAGAGUUGUCUUUGACACCAACGGAGAGAUUGUUCAAAGAACCAUAUUAAACUCUACCAAUCGACAAUUCAACUUUGGUCUCAAACUUUCAUUUGGUAUUUUAGUACUUGGUUUUGCUUCAUUUGUUGUCUUGAAAAAGAAAUUACCAUUAUUAAGAAAGUAA